AUGAUCAAGGAAAAGCCGACUUCGACCAAGGGCGGUACUGUCCAAGGGGAUCCUGGGAAAGGCAAAGGCUCAGACUCGGACGCAGGCGGUGAUUCACGAAUUCGCUCAAGCUGUUCUAUGGGAACGCGAGGAGGAGCAGGAGCGACUACAAGCCCCAGUAAGAUGUUGAUUAAUGAUAAACCAAUUCCUGAAUCAAUCACCAAAUCAACCAUCUCCAUCUCCAUCCCUCCUCCCUCAACAAGUGAUGAUGCCAAUCUCGACUCCUCGGACCAAGAUAGCGCGGGAACGGGAAUUGAGCAUCCAAUGACCAAUGCCAUCGUCUCUCCAAGACCUGAGAAAUCGAAUUGCAUAUUGAUUGGAAAUACGAUCAAAGAGUGGCAAGAUAAUUUAUGGUUUGAGGAUAAUGACUUCGAUCAUGAUCAUGAUCAUGACUAUAGAGAUUUAUUCCAACACGAAGAAGAGGAAGAAGAUGAGCGCAUCCAUCUCGAUGAUGAGCAAGAUCAAUACCAAAAUCAAGUUGUAUAUCAGCAAUCACUUACAUAUUCCGAAUACGAAUAUAACUAUAGAUUUUCAUCUGAAUUGACGGAUAGGUUGGAUUCAUAUUUGGAAUGUAAUAUCAAUCCGAUCUUGCUUAGCACGAAUCAUGUCAAUUCACCAACAUCUACAUCAUCUGAUGAAGAGACAACGAAAGCUAGGAAUGGAUUGACACAAAGGAGUGCUCGUGCUAUCAAACCGGAAGGGGAUGCACGAAAUCAUCCUAAGACGGUGGAAGUCUCACUACAGAUGCCAACGAUAGAAUUCACCAAUCAAGGAAAUAUGAUUGUCAAUGUAUUUCAUGUAGAUCAAAGAGUCGUUAAUGAUCGAAUAUGUCGAGAUUGGAUCGAUAAUGUUAAUCGGGACAAUGUAGUCCAUCACAAUCAAGAUCAAGUCCAAAAUCAAGAUCAAGAUCAAGAUGAGAUUGAUUCAAUCUACGAUAUGAUGCCCACGGAUCAAACGAACAUGUUGAUCGUACAAGGUGAAGAUGGCCAAGACCUAAUGAUCGAAAGUUGGACAGUGAACGCAGAUCCACAACCGAUACUUCGAAUUCAUGAACAUCGUGAAACCCAAGAAGAAGCAGAACGACAGAAUCAUGAAGAGGCCUUUAUUAGACUUGGACCAAAAAACAAUUAUUGGAGUGAAAGAUCUAAAGAUUGGAUCUCACCUCAAAUAAGGAACUUUAGUGUUGAAAAGGAUAAUAGUGAUGAUGUCGAUGAAGAGGAUACAGUUGUAUCAAUCACCAGUUCAACUUUGACAUCAUUCACACCUUCUCCAUCAGUUUUCACAAUUGGCUCCUCGUCGUCAUCUUCAUCCUCAUCCUCAUCCUCAUCAUCGGCUAGGGCCACUUCGGCUUGUCUCUCCUUGGAUCCCGGAACAAUCGAUCCAAGGUCAAUCCCAGAUACAGCGCCAGAUCCCGCCACCAACUGGAGAGUGAUCACCGACACAGGUUCAAGAACGGGCUCAAUGUCAGAUUUGACACUUUUCGACUCCGACUCGGAAAGGACUUUGAUCGGUUCUGACGAUGAAGUCGAAAAUGGGAGCGGACUUCAUACCCCUUUACCAUCACCUUUACCUUCACUAUCACCUUUUACCUGA